AGUACAGCCAGCAUUCUGGAUGAACGGCAGGAACUUCACAUCUGGCAGGCCGGAUUCUUUACCUUUGUUCACUUUCCCCGGGAGGACAUCACUAUCCUGUGGGACCAGCGGACGACCGUCCAUGUGCAAGCGGGACCUCGGUGGCAGGGAUUACUGGCCGGACUUUGUGGAAACUUUGACCUAAAAACAGUGAAUGAGAUGAGAUCUCCGGACAGCUAUGAGCUGAGCAACCCUCAGGAAUUCGGGAAUAGCUGGGCGGCCACCGAGUGUGCAGACAGCCCGGACACCCGGAACCCUUGCACUCUCAACCCUCUCCGGGAGCCGUUCGCCAAGAAGGAGUGCGCCAUAUUAUUGAGUGAAGUGUUUGAAGCCUGCCACCCAGUGGUGGACGUCACUUGGUUUUACUCCAACUGUCUGUCCGAUACGUGCGGCUGUAACCGCGGCGGCGACUGCGAGUGUUUCUGUACCAGCGUGUCAGCGUACGCCCACCAGUGCUGCCAGCAGGGAGUCAGCGUGGACUGGAGAUCACCGCGGCUGUGCCCGUAUGACUGCGAGUUCUACAACAAAGUUGUAGGGAAGGGGCCAUACCGCCUGCGCAGUUUCUCGCACUCCAGUCUGGUGUUGGCGGUUCGGUUGGCGGACGCCGUAGUGACGCCGGUGAGAGGAGGUGUCGCCAUCCCGGGACACACCCCCAGCUUCAUGCUGACCCCCGGCCUCUACAGAUCACACGACCGCAAUCUCGUGUCUCUGGAAUUGGCUGAUCGGCCAAACUACUUCCUAUAUGCGGCCAAUAACGGGAGUCUUCUGGUCGCCAAAUGGAGGCGGAGCCAAGUCUUCCAGAGUCGGGCAACAUUCCUAAUCCGACAGAACGCCUGGAUGGCCGGCUACAACGCCUUCGAGAGCUUCGCCAAUCCUGGACACUUCCUGAGAUUGUCCCCGACCUCCGUCUCCCUGUCCCGAUAUCGCCACUCCGCCGCCUACCGCCGCUCCACCCUCUUCAAGUUAUCAGAGACUCCAGUUCCGCUGCGAUCGGCCUGCCAGUGGCGCUAUGAUGCCUGUUCCAGCGCGUGUUUCCGGACCUGCAGGGACCCGGCUGGGGAACACUGUGAGAAUGUCCCGAGGGUGGAAGGUUGUAUUCCGCAGUGUCCGCCGGAUCUGGUGUUGGACGAGGUGACCAGGAAAUGUGUCUACUUCCAGGACUGUAUUGAACCCGCUGUGAUCACAACGAUUUCUAUAACAGAACCACAGAAACCAGCUAGCGGCAUGAAUGUGACGGGACCUCCCACUUCCUUCUCCUCCCCCACAUCUAUCCCCCGCCCACAAAUCACUUCCCAUAAAGUGCCUCCGGAGGGAACUCCUACCAGCCACCUGCCCAUUGUACCCAGUGCUGCGUCUUCCACAUUCCUCCCGGGAUCACCGGCACUUACCCGUCCUGAACCAUCAGUUGCCAGGACUGUCGGGGCUUCCACAGUGCAGACCACGGAGGUAGAGGAGUCCACCAGGACGGCGAGCAGAGCCGUGACCAGCAGUCCUUUUAUAUUGGAGGUCUUGGAGACGACAUUGAAUAAGACGGAGUUUAGGGCCGUCACGAGUCCGGCAAGUUCUUUUCUCUUUCCAGAAAUGGUUCUAUCUACAGCCAAAGUGACAAAAACAACACAAGUGACAUCGGAAUUAUCUUCUCAGGUGCCGUCCACUCAGACAGUCCCACCAGUAUCACCCCGAGGGACCGCGGGCCAAACCACUCCAGAACUUAUAUCUCCUGUCCUGACUGACCGCACUCCUCUCUCGGCUUUACCAAAUGUAACCAGCAUGGUGCUUCCUGCACUGCUUACCGCAGGCGUGACCAGUGAGAGCGUGACAACCACACUGUCCACCCAGAUAAGGACAACUGUCCUAACAGGGACCACCCCAAGGACAGGGACCACCCCAAGGACAGGGACCACCCCAAGGACAGGGACCACCCCAAGGACAGAAACCACUCCAAGGACUUCUGCUGGCAGCUCUCCUGUGAUAGGACUCAGCAUGACCAGUCCUAAGCCCAGCUAUUCACAAAUGGUCCCAUCCUCCUUGUCCCCAUUACACACUUCUGCUAGUAGUCCCUAUUCACUGGUCUCCAGUUCAGGAGCUGAACCGACAUCGGAACCAUGGCAAUCCACAACACAAACCUUCCAAAUUGCCACAAAACUGGUAACCCCAACUGAGGGGGUCACACCUUCUAUGACCAAUACCUCUAUUGCCAAGUCUGCCACCAGCAGGCCAGUGACACUCCUAGAACCUGCCAGGAUCACCACAGACUCGUCUCCAAUAGAAACCACCCCCAUGGAUGUCACAAGUCCUCUGGAGACCAGCAAGUAUUCCCCAGUAUCUACCGACCUAACCGCAGUCAGUGUUGGUAAGACAAUCCUGCCAGGAGUUCCCCUUUAUACUGGACAAACUCCAGCAGAGAGAAGUCAGCAUUCUGUAAUGUCGUCAGAACCAUCCCCCCCUCCAGUACCCGAAACCUCCAGAACAUCUAUACCAACCUCUACCAGGAGUCCAAUUAUAACGUCUCAAUCUUCCAGAACUACGAGAACCCAAUCACCUGGAAUUGUGAGAACAUCAUUGGAGACCACAAGUCCCACCACCACACGUGUCUCACUCUCCAAACCCAGCGCAGACUUAAUUCAUUUGGCUACAAAGCCAAAGCCACGGGUCACAGAAGAGGAACACAUACUGGAAAUUUUGAGAUUUACAGAAUCGGUUUUAAAACCCAUUAAGACAACUUUGAGAUCGGAAGUGGCUUCAACUUCCUCUGGAUCAACAAAGGUCCACACGGUGACCGCGUCUCUGGAGGCGACCACAACCCACCAAUCCACCACCUCAAUAACUACACCACCGGCCAAGAGCUCUUUAUUGCUCACAACCUCCAUCCAAGAACCAAGUAACAUCACUGCUUCUUCAAAAGUGACCCCAUCUACUGGGAGAACGCUUCUACCCACCCAUAUCACUGUACACGAUCGAGCGACUGUCUCUGUACACGAUCGAGCAUCUGUCUCUGUACACGAUCGAGAGUCUGUCUCUGUACACGAUCGAGCGACUGUCUCUGUACACGAUCGAGCGACUGUCUCUGUACAUGAUCGAGAGUCUGUCUCUGUACGCGAUCGAGAGUCUGUCUCUGUACGCGAUCAAGAGUCCGUCUCUGUACACGAUCGAGCAUCUGUCUCUGUACACGAUCGAGAGUCUGUCUCUGUACACGAUCGAGCGACUGUCUCUGUACACGAUCGAGCGACUGUCUCUGUACACGAUCGAGCGCCCGUCUCUGUACACGAUCGAGAGUCUGUCUCUGUACACACGUACCCUACAGAGGGCCUGUCCCAGUCAACAUCAUACACUGUGCCAACACAAGAGACAUUGAUGGAGACAUCAUCAACCCCGUCCACUAAAAAUGUAACAAGUCCACAUGUUGUGUCACCCAAAGCCUUGUCUCCAUCAGAUGGGACCAGCAUGUCCGGGGCCUUGUCUCCAUCAGAUGGGACCAGCAUGUCCAUGUCCGGGGCCUUGUCUCCAUCAGAUGGGAGCAGCAUGUCCAUGUCCGGGGCCUUGUCUCCAUCAGAUGGGACCAGCAUGUCCAUGUCCGGGGCCUUGUCUCCAUCAGAUGGGAGCAGCAUGUCCAUGUCCGGGGCCUUGUCUCCAUCAGAUGGGACCAGCAUGUCCAUGUCCGGGGCCUUGUCUCCAUCAGAUGGGAGCAGCAUGUCCAUGUCUGGGGCCUUGUCUCCAUCAGAUGGGAGCAGCAUGUCGGGGCCAACCUCUACUUCUCAUGUAACAGAUACGUCCCGAAUGAGCGAGUCUCCAGCUAUUUCUCCCUCAUUAUCUCCAGCUGGUUCCUUUUCUAGCACACAAUUAGCAGAACCUCGAAGCACAAAGGGAAAGGCCUUGUUAACAGAUGCAAUUAACACAACACACAUUCCCAGUUCACUGUCACCUUUAAGCACUAAGUCAACACCAGUUGGUGGAUCCGCUGAACUCCCCCUCCAGUUCACGACAGCCACGGCCUCGUCCAAUGUGACAGAAUCUGUAAGACCGACAGAAACCUCAUUUGUGUCCGGAGAGAAGGGAACUGAAUGGAGAGCUCUGUCAACAGCCCAAAGCUAUAAAACAAGCAGUCAGUUCAUGUCCGCCUCUCAGCCAACAGUUGUAUCUGAAACAUUAGCCAGCGAUCAACCAACAAUCAAGGAAUCCAAGUCUCCUGGGCCACCUUCUAAAGAAGAGCCGACCUCAUCGGUCAUCAUAACAAGAGAUACAGUUACAGGAACACGUCCUCCAGAUAUGACCUCUCCUCCUCCAACGAGUGGUGUACCAUCCCAUCGUCCUCUACAAACUGACAUGACCUCCCUACCUCCCCUACCAACUCAUCAAAGUUCCCUACAUCCCAUACAAACCAGUGCAACCUCCCAGCACCCUCUACAAACCAGUGAAACCUCCCAGCAUCCUCUACAAACUGACAUGACCUCCCUACCUCCCCUACCAACUCAUCAAAGUUCCCUACAUCCCAUACAAACCAGUGCAACCUCCCAGCAUCCUCUACAAACCAGUGCAACCUCCCAGCAUCCUCUACAAACCAGUGCAACCUCCCAGCAUCCUCUACAAACCAGUGCAACCUCCCAGCAUCCUCUACAAACCAGUGCAACCUCCCAGCAUCCUCUACAAACCAGUGUACCCUCCCAGCAUCCCAUACAAACCAGUACAACCUCCCAGCAUCCUCUACAAACCAGUGCAACCUCCCAGCAUCCUCUACAAACCAGUGCAACCUCCCAGCAUCCUCUACAAACCAGUGCAACCUCCCAGCAUCCUCUACAAACCAGUGUAACCUCCCAGCAUCCUCUACAAACCAGUGCAACCUCCCAGCAUCCUCUACAAACCAGUGCAACCUCCCAGCAUCCUCUACAAACCAGUGCAACCUCCCAGCAUCCUCUACAAACCAGUGCAACCUCCCAGCAUCCUCUACAAACCAGUGUAACCUCCCAGCAUCCUCUACAAACCAGUGCAACCUCCCAGCAUCCUCUACAAACCAGUGCAACCUCCCAGCAUCCUCUACAAACCAGUGCAACCUCCCAGCAUCCUCUACAAACCAGUGUACCCUCCCAGCAUCCCAUACAAACCAGUGCAACCUCCCAGCAUCCCCUACAAACCAGUGCAACCUCCCAGCAUCCUCUACACACCAGUGCAACCUCCCAGCAUCCUCUACAAACCAGUGCAACCUCCCAGCAUCCUCUACAAACCAGUGUAACCUCCCAGCAUCCUCUACAAACCAGUGCAACCUCCCAGCAUCCUCUACAAACCAGUGUACCCUCCCAGCAUCCUCUACAAACCAGUGUAACCCCCCAGCAUCCUCUACAAACCAGUAUAACCUCCCAGCAUCCUCUACAAACCAGUGCAACCUCGCAGCAUCCUCUACAAACCAGUGUAACCCCCCAGCAUCCUCUACAAACCAGUAUAACCUCCCAGCAUCCUCUACAAACCAGUAUAACCUCCCAGCAUCCUCUACAAACCAGUAUAACCUCCCAGCAUCCUCUACAAACCAGUGUAACCUCCCAGCAUCCUCUACAAACUGACAUGACCUCUCUACCUCCCCUACCAACUCAUCAAAGUUCCCUACAUCCUAUACAAACCAGUGCAACCUCCCAGCAUCCUCUACAAACCAGUGUAACCCCCCAGCAUCCUCUACAAACCGGUGUAACCUCCCAGCAUCCUCUACAAACCGGUGUAACCUCCCAGCAUCCUCUACAAACCAGUGCAACCUCCCAGCAUCCUCUACAAACCAGUAUAACCUCCCAGCAUCCUCUACAAACCAGUAUAACCUCCCAGCAUCCUCUACAAACCAGUGUAACCUCCCAGCAUCCUCUACAAACCGGUGUAACCUCCCAGCAUCCUCUACAAACCAGUGCAACCUCCCAGCAUCCUCUACAAACCAGUGUAACCCCCCAGCUCCCUCUACAAACCAGUGUAACCCCCCAGCAUCCUCUACAAACCAGUGAAACCUCCCAGCAUCCUCUACAAACCAGUGCAACCUCCCAGCAUCCUCUACAAACCAGUGUAACCCCCCAGCAUCCUCUACAAACCAGUGUAACCCCCCAACAUCCUCUACAAACCAGUGUAACCUCCCAGCAUCCUCAACAAACUGACAUGACCUCCCUACCUCCCCUACCAACUGAUCGAAGUUCCCUACAUUCCACACAAACUAAUGCAACCUCCCAGCAUUCUCUACAAACCAGUGGAACCUCCCAGCAUUCUCUACAAACCAGUGGAACCUCCCAGCAUCCUCUACAAACCAGUGGAACCUCCCAGCAUCCUCUACAAUCCAGUGGCACCUCCCAGCAUCCUCUACAAACUGGUGUAACACCUGAAAUCACAGAUCUUCCAAUUAUGUCAAAUAAAACAAUAGCAGCAGAGACCAUUGUUCCCCCAGAACUCUCCUCGGUCUAUUCCACCCUCUCAGAGACUUCCCAAGUGGUCACAUCUCCACCCAGAACGUCUCCCACAGAAGUCUCACCUCCACCAGUUACUCGCAGUCUAAACAUUACAGUGAACCAGACUGGAAUCCGACCUCUACUGUCCUCUACAACCAGUCCGGUGUCUACCCAGAUCCCACUGAUGUCCUCCUCAGGGGCCACUCCAGAGAUGGAGAGCAGCUUUCCUGGCGAGCUGACGGGAUUGACCGUGUCCGCCAUGUUACCUUCUCAGGAAUCUGCGACUUUUCUGGCCUGUACACCGUACACGGAGAACGAAUGCAUCAAGCACAUCUGUGUGGACGGACAGUUAAUCCAGGUCAAUAAGUCCCAGCAUUGUCCUUAUAAUGUCACCCAACCCAGCUGUGGCCUCCUGGGAUUUGCAGUCCAAAUAAAUGGAGACCGUUGUUGUCCAAAGUGGGAGUGCGCAUGCCGUUGCUCGGUCUUCUCAGACCUCAGUUUCGUCACCUUCGAUGGACGAUAUUUGGCUCUGUAUAAAGAAGCCUCGUACAUCGUUCUCCUGACUGAAGAGGAAUCCAUCACAGUCCAGGUGUCCAGGUGUGGCGCCCGGCCUCAGGGGGAGGGGAGGAACGUCACUCUGUGUUCAUCCAUGUUGGAAUUAACUUACCUGUCCAACCAGAUCAUCAUCGAUCGCCUCAGCAGGAAGGUGUCAGUAAACUCCAGAAGGGCGUGGCCGAUGGUCAGGAAAUACGGAUACAGAAUUGUGGACACGGGAAACAUGUAUUCCAUAGAAACGCCAUCCGGAGUCCGGAUCCACUGGUUCCAUAGCAGCGGCCUGAUGAUCAUCGAGUCCAACUCCACCACCAAACCUCCGUCCAUGGGGCUGUGCGGUGAGCGAUCCCCCUUCCCCCUCC